ACAUCACCAGCUGCGACCGUUCCAGAGAAGACCACCAUGACGUCCAUCCUUGGAAUUCUCACCGUCUUCUCAGCUCUUGUAGCAACAGCUUGCGCGCUCUCAUGCACAGAAUGUGUUACUAAUGAGCCAUCCACCACUACAUGCUCUGGCAAUAAAGUUUCUUGUGCAAAUGGCUUUUUAUGUGGAUCCACCUUCAUAGAAACUGUACAAGGUAAAGGAAAAGUUUCAACAUUCGGAAGGAGAUGCGUACAUAAAAGUCAAUGUGACUUCAAAGGAAAUGUUGCUUUGUCUGAUAUAAAACAGAGGACGGCCACUACCUGCUGUUCCACUGAGGACUGCACGCCUCCUGUUCCUACAUUAAUACCCAGCAAUGAGAACUCCAAUGGUCUGACGUGUCCAUACUGCGACGCUAGUGGCUCCAUAACGUGUGAUGCUGAAAUAUCUCUGAAAUGCACAGGAAGUGAGGACAGAUGUCUUCACAGGAUCUCAGAGCACAACUCAGGACAAUCUGUAUAUGUGUCAUCCAGUCAGAUGUGCGCAACCGAGAGCUACUGUGAUCAUGGGAUUGAGUCUUAUACUGAAGGAGGAACAACAUACAAGAAUGUUUUUUUCUGCACCAAUGGAGGCACAAGUGUCCAGAAAGUCGUCCUGACUCCGGCCGUCGUGUGUCUUCUACUGAUGAAAUGGCUUUUCUAGAAGAUUUCCAGGUCCGUGCGGCCGAUGCUGAUGUUCCUGUCAUUGUCACAGCUUUCUACAUUAUUUUUAAUGAUAAAACCUCAGAAAUUCUUUUUCAUGUCGAUUGAUGUUGUCUUAGAUUUUUCCUAUUGAAUGAAGAAUAAAUGGCAUUGUACAGAAAGAUCUGUGGCCCCGAGUUAUCUCCUGUACUGUAGACACUGCAGCCCCUAUGGCCACAGCAAAGCAUUGGGGGUCCACCGGUUAUGUCAUUCGCAGGUAACUUUGCUCUUUGCUGAAUGACUGGUUUUCUCUAUGUGAGCCACUGAUCAGGCAAGCCACACAAAUCACCGAGUUAUCAUAGAGCAAAGGAACAUCUCAAUAAAACAGCGAUGUGUAUUAAUAAGUGGUGCAGUGAUAUCUAUUCUGUAUUGUAAUUGUGGUCAGAUUUAUACGACACUAGCAGAAUAACUCGGCUUCGCACAGGUAUAUUUUGACUAUUUCAUUUAAUGUUGAUGUGAUAUCCACAGUUCCCCCAUAACAGUGACCUCCAUAGCACCCCAAAC